AUGGCAGCUACAACAGCGAAGAAGAAUGCUAAAUCUGCGGGCGGCAAGUUCGCCGAUCUGCAGAAGGACACUGUCGAACUCAAUGACAAGGAUCAUAUGACUACCGACUAUGGCAUCAAGAUCUCUGAUCCAGAUCAUUGGUUGCGUGUGGCUAGUGAGAAGAAUGCUGGGCCCACGCUUUUGGAGGAUCAAAUUGCCCGGGAGAAGAUUAUGCGCUUCGACCAUGAACGCAUCCCCGAGCGAGUCGUUCAUGCCCGUGGAACCGGCGCCUUUGGUACAUUCAAACUUUUCGAGAGCGCAGAGGAUGUUACCACCGCUGGCGUCUUGACCGAUACAUCUCGCGAGACACCGCUGUUCCUGCGCUUCUCAACUGUUCAGGGCAGCAAGGGUAGCGCGGAUACUGUUCGCGACGUACGAGGCUUUGCUAUUAAGAUGUACACGGCAGAGGGAAAUUGGGAUCUCGUCGGCAAUAAUAUCCCCGUCUUCUUCAUCCAGGACGCAAUCAAGUUCCCGGAUGUUAUUCAUUCAGUUAAGCCCGAGCCGCAUAACGAAGUGCCUCAGGGUCAGAGCGCACAUAAUAACUUUUGGGACUUUGUGUAUAUGCAUUCAGAGACGACGCAUAUGAAUUAUUGGCAAAUGUCUGAUCGGGCUAUCCCGAGAUCUUUCCGGAUGAUGCAGGGCUUCGGUGUGAACACCUACUCUCUGAUUAACAAGGAGGGAAAGCGUCAUCUUGUCAAGUUCCAUUUCACCCCCGAGCUCGGCGUGCACUCGCUGGUUUGGGAUGAAGCCUUGAAGAUCUGCGGUCAGGACCCGGACUUCCAUCGCAAGGAUCUCAUGGAUGCCAUUGAUGCUGGUCACUUCCCACGCUGGAAGUUCGGUCUGCAACUUAUUCCCGAGGAGAAGGUGGAUGACUUUGAAUUUGACCCAUUGGAUGCGACCAAGGUCUGGCCCGAGGAGCUCGUGCCUAUCCGGUACAUCGGCCAAUUGGAGCUCAACCGCAAUAUCGACGAGUUCUAUCCCCAGACUGAGCAGGUUGCCUUCUGUACCAGCCAUAUCGUGCCUGGGAUCGAUUUCUCGAAUGACCCACUGCUGCAGGGUCGCAACUUUUCCUACUUCGAUACGCAGAUCUCUCGGCUCGGCCCGAACUGGGAGGAACUACCCAUCAACCGCCCCGUCUGUCCGUACAUGAGCCUGGUCAACCGUGACGGCGCCAUGAGGCACCGUAUCACGAAGGGCACAGUGAACUACUGGCCCAACCGCUUCCAUGCAAACCCGCCGGCCGAGCCAUCUCAGGGAGGCUUCACCAGCUACCCCGAGAAACAGCAAAGCAUCAAGGCACGCGCUCUACCCGAGAAGUUCAAGGAGCACUACAACCAAGCGCAGACUUUCUACAACUCCCUCUCCGAAAUCGAGAAACUGCACGUGGCCAAGGCUUUCUCCUUCGAGCUGGACCACUGCGAUGACCCCAUCGUGUACAAGCGUAUGACCGAGCGUAUCGCCGCUGUCAGCUCCGAGCUUGCGGAAAUGGUGGCGACCAACGUCGGCGGCGAUCUGCCAUCUAAGCCUCCCAGGGCCAACCACGGCAAGAAGGCAAAGGGUCUCAGCCAGCUCGAGUACCUCCCCGAGAAGCCCAUCAUUGAGACACGCCGCAUCGCGAUCCUUCUUGCCGACGGUUUCGACUACAACGCAUACGCCACCAUGAAAGACGCCCUCUCCGAGCGCGGCGCUUUCGUCUUCACGAUCGGCGCACAACGCAAGGGUGUCACAUCCGAGUCAGGACAGACGGUCGUGCCGGAUCAUUUCUUCACGGGUAUGCGAUCUACGCUGUUCGACGCUACGUUCAUCCCAGGUGGCAAGCACGUCGAGGAAGGUCUGGUGAAGAACGGCGUGGCCAAGUUCUGGGUUACCGAGUCCUUCGCCCAUCUCAAGCCCAUUGCUGGUGUUAACGAGGCCGUGCCUUUCAUCAAGAAACAGAUUGGCCUUGAUGAGGUUGAGAUUGCGUCACCUGGUACUUCGUUUGCGGAGUCGUAUGGUGUCGUGACUGGGUACGGAGAUGCGCCGUCGACGCUGAAGGUGGGAAAUGUUGGACCUGGUUCCAAGGGGUUGGCGGAAAAGUUUAUUUGGCACAUCUCGCGUCACCGUAAUUGGCAGCGAGAGCUGGAUGGAUUGUCUGAUCAGAUUGCGGCCUAA